GUGAACCAUUUGCGUCCGGGCCUGUUUGUGGAUACGGCGAUUUAGCCAGAAGAUGGGAAUCUGCUCGAUACAUUCGCAUUCCAUGUCUCGUUCUACGCAGCGUCCCCGGACAUGACCUUCAUUCGUGGAUCACAAGCGCGGCUUGCCGUAACCCUGCCCGUGCUAGCUGGCCUCUUGGCGCCGAUGGCCGCUGCACAAGGAUUAUCGUGCGCCGGUGCUUCGAGCAUCAAGUUCACCGGGGCCCUGGCGCCGUUGACGCUCGGCAGUGAUCACGUGAUCGGGAACAAGGGCCUCCGGGGACUCAUCGUGUGGAUCCACGGAGUGUUCGGCGCCAUCUUGGUACCCUCGGAGGACCCAAUGGCAGUUUUGAAAACAAAGCGAGCCGAACUACAAUCUGGAGAGUACGGCCACGUGGCGUGGACCUUGGUCAGGCAGAACGUGCUCGUCUUCCUCCUAAUCCUAAUGUCCCUCAGCCUGUGCCUGGUGCUGCCCGUCGUCGCCAUAGCGGCGAUCGCCUGCCACCGCGUGUGCUGGUGUUGCAGCUUCUGGUCGAGGCCCGACGGCUACGAGUCGGUCCUCGAAACGAGAUCGCGCAAGAACUGGACCUACGUGUUCUACGUGGUCGUCGUGAUCAUGUCGUAA